AUGGACGCAGGCGGAGCGCACGUUGAUCUGGGCGUAUGGGCUGGUGGACGGGAACGAGUUCGUGGCUUGGGAGGCUUUGAUGACGAUGGCGGCGGGCGUGGUGGAGGAGGACUUGGCUUUGAUCCGCGGACGGUGCUGGAGCGAGGACGAGCGAUGCAGGGGGCAGCAGUGGUGAGCUCUGUAACGUUUGUGGCGCAUGCAGGGGUGGAUGACGAUGUGGUGGACGUGGUGGAUGGGUACGGGGAUGAGCUGCAGUCCAUUGAUUUGAAGGGUAGCUGCGUGAGCGACGACUCGAUCAUUGCCAUUGCUCGGGCAUGUCCGCUCUUGGCGUACAUCGAUCUGUCGCAGACGAGCCUGGUGACCGACCGAGCGCUCUCAGCGCUCGCCGCUGGUUGCCCGAGGCUGAUGAGGGUCAAGCUGGCGCGGGCCAAGGGUGUGAGCGACGCCGGGCUGGUGGCGCUUGCCAGCAGCUGUAGCGAGCUGGUGGAGGUGGACGUGAGCGGGUGCGAUGUGGGCGACGCCGGGGUUGCUGCGCUCGCUGCGGGCGCUGCGGGCCUUGCGCACCUCGAGCUGAACGGGUGCGUCAAGGUGAGCGAUGCGGCGGUGGCUGCGGUGGUGGGCCUCUGUCCCCAGAUGGAGGUGCUGGGUCUGGAGGGGUGUGUGGGGCUGGAUGCGCUGGUGACGCUCGAGGUUGCGCGGGCGGGCCAAGGGAGCGCGCCGGCGCUGACGCAAGAGAGCGUGGCGAUGGUGCUGGCAUGCUCCAAGGGAGCGCCACACCUUGUGCAUCAUCUCGGGCGAGUGGGCGCGCUACCGGCGACGGCGCUGGGUCUUGCGCGGGCGGCAGGGAUGGACAUCCUCGCGCCUGUGCGGGCAGCGGACGGGCUGGGCAAGUCGUCGUCGCAGGAGCUUGUUGACGCGCUUGUGGUCCGCGGCUUUGAUCCGUUUGAGGUCGAGGCUGACGGGCGGCACAGCUAUACCCUGGCACCGGGCUCUGUGGCGCCAGCUGUGGUCCAAGCAAUGCGCGUGUGGCUGGCGACGCAUGGCGAUGGGGCGGCGGACGUAGCGGGCGGGAUCAACCGGGCGACGCUUGCACUGUUUGUCUCGCUCCGGGCGGGGAGCGAGGUGCGGUUUUCUGCGGCGCACCUGGGAGAGCUGAUCCGAGCCGGGGCGAACGUCAACGCGCUCGAGCCUGUGCUCGGGCAGCGGCCGCUACACAUUGCGGCGAGCGGAGGGCAGAUGGCGACGGUGAUGGCGCUCCUGGCGGCCGGCGCCGAGCUAUGGGCGAUGAACGCGGCAGGCGAGGGAGCUUACGCACUUGCGACCUCGCACGAGCUCACCGCACUGCUGACCGGAGCAACGGAGCUGCCGGCCCCGUUUGUGGCGCACAUGCGUCAGGUGCUCGGGCACGACGUCAGCUUGAGGAACGGGAACGGUGAUCGUGUAGAGGCGCUUGAGGAGGCGCUGGCGGCCAAGGCGAGCGAGUUGACAGCGACGCAAGCGGAGCUACCGACUACGCACGGCUGA